AGUAUCUCCCUCCCCCAUUGUUUCACAACUCAGAAUAGGAAUGACUGUGCAGUCACAACCCCAAUAUUUCAAUACCAUGCGAAGAUUUUAAAAAGGGGAGCGGGGAAUUAACGCAAUACUGAUGGUAGGACCAUUUGCAACAGGUACUUACUGACAGUGUUCUGUUGCUUCUAGUUCCGGUGGUGAGGAGUCCUUUUCAAAUAUAAGAGGAAUAAAGAAGUUACCUCCCCAGCUGUCAUCAUCUUCCAACAGGUUGGGCAAGAGUAUUUUGAGCACUACCCAAAAGACAGUCCAUCAGACCCUAGAUGAUGAUCAGCCAUGUGAUUUUUUCAAGAAAAGGAAUAGGGUGAAUGAAUCUCAUCAGAAAAACAGUAUGAAUGCUGGCCCGUCUUGGAAUAAAGUGCAGCAUCCGAAGAAUUCAGCAGGAAAAAGACAGAGUCAACCUCAAAGACCCCAUGUUUCUUCCCAGCUGAGAAAUAGCCUUGUAAGUGUCUCCCAGCCAGCUGAGGAUAAACUUAAAGAAAGUGUUUUCCAAGACAAACCCCCCGAAAGGAAUCUACUGGGACCUAGGUGUCAGGGGGCCUCCGGGAGCAAAUUGUUUCUUGAUUUUCAGUCAAUGAAAAUUAUUAAAGAAGAUGCUGAUGAGGACAGUGCAAGUGAUCUCUCUGACUCAGAAAGAAUUCCCAUUCCCCCUUCUCCCCUCACACCUCCAGAUCUGAAUCUUCGAGCUGAAGAAAUUGAUCCAGUUUACUUCGAUCUUCACCCAGGUCAGGGCCAUGCAAAGCCUGGAUACCACUACCCUGAUUUCCUCCCACCCCCUUUCAGCUCCUGGGACCUGCGGGACAUGGCCCUGCUUCUGAAUGCAGAGGGUAAAGCUGAGGCCGUGCCUCAGGUGGCAGGACUUCUGGGGAAGUAUAUCGACAGGCUUGUUCAGCUUGAGUGGCUGCAGAUCCAGACCAUCCAGGGUGAGAAAGGGAAGGGGACCAAAGCCAGGCCUCCCACUGCACCUGGGACCUUGGGGGCUUUGAAAAGCCCUGGGAGAAGUAAGCUGAUCACUAGUGCUCUGUCCAAGCCGCUACCUCACCAGGAGGGGGCUUCCAAGUCAGGCCCCUCACGAAAGAAAGAUUUCCACCACGAAGAAGCCCAUGCACCAUAUUACACACUCAAGACUGCUCCCAAACCCAGUGAUUUACUGGGAAGUAGCAGGUUGUGUUCUCAGAAACAAACCCUUGCAAUGAGGACAGAAGAGAAGAAAAAAAAAUCAAGUAAGAGUACCAAGCUGCAGCCCUGGGAUUUGUCCUGCAGUGACAGCCGCUCUCAGAUGGAAACGGAUGGUAACAUUCGCACUCCCAGGCAGUCAGCCGUGAGUCUGGACACAGCCAGCUCCUGUAAGGGUGCCAGGACACAAGCACAUGCGAAUCUUAAGAAAAAGGGAAAUGCAAAUAGCUGUGGUCGUGCCGCUCCAUCCAGUGAGAAAAGGCUCAGAACAAAUGGCAUAAAGCAAAGCACAUACGAAUUAAAAUAAUAUCUGAGAUGAUAAAUUGCAGAGACCUGCAGAUAUGCAAAUAUUGGAGUGCUUCCCAAAGUUAUGAAACUGUGAAUUUUAAGAAAUGUGAUUACUGACGUAGAAGUCAUUGAUUGGCUCUUUUGUCUGUCCUUAUUUCCACCCCUACUGGGUUAUUUUCCAAGAGAGGUGUCCUUCUAUGAGACUUUCUUUGCAUUAACAGUCUUAAGCAAAUGAGAGCCCUUUCGAGAAAAAAAUAUCACCAAAGUAUGUGCCACAUAAAGGUGUACAAUGGCAACACUCCAAGGGAAGAGUCAGGAAACUGGCCUAUGCAGAACAGAUAGGGGUGUUCAGCUCCCCAUUUUCCUUUGCACAGAAGCAUGUAAAAUAUCACAUGUCAGCUUGGUUGUCUGGGGACAGAGUCUCUGUCUUCUGCCCCAGGUGAAGGGCAGUGCAUCCGUAGAGUGCAGUGCUGUCACUUACAGCA